CACACGCCCGGCCCGGUGCGAACAAACCUCUCCGUGUCUCUCCCCAGAUGUGCGAGAAGUUUACCGUCUGCCAGAACAGCAUGGAAAUGCUCCUCCACAACAACCUCAACCUCCCCAAGGUGACGGAGGAAGAUGGGUGUCUGCUCGCCGGCUUUAAUGAGGAUAAAUGCUUGAGAAAAAUCUCCAGUGGUCUUUAUACAUUUCAGACAUACCUCAAAUACAUACAAGAAACUUUUAUUAGUGAAAACCAAAAUGUUGAAUCGCUAUCCUAUACUACAGAGCACCUGGCACGUACCCUAAGACAGAUGGUGAUCAAUCCCGAAGAAGUGAUCAUCCCAGAUGCAGCUACCCAGGAAUCCCUCCACACAAAGCUGAAGUCCAUUAAGUCCUGGACAGAGAAAAUCACCAUCCAUCUCAUCCUCCGAGAUUUUACUUCAUUUAUGGAGAAGACAGUGAGGGCUGUGCGCUAUUUGAAAAACACCAGGAGUUUCAGUGUUUGAAUGUUUUAGUUCAGGCACAAUCCUUUUGUUACAAAUCUGUCAGGUGGCAGAUAACAGUGUUGUUCUGUUUUAAGAACUAGAAAUAGUAACAAUGGUUUGCAUCUACAUACAUUCCCACUUCCUUCUAGGAACUUAUUUAUUGUAUUUAAA